AUGAGGAACUUCAUUGACUUUCUAAUCAUGCAUUGUUAUGGGCGUGAUCUAGAAAAACAGGCAGAAGAAAUUUGUAGAACCAAGAAAUGCAAAUGGAUUUCAGUUGUGCACAGGGACUGGGUAGAACUUACGAGGUUCUUUGAAGUAGCAGGAGUUUCGUUAGCUGGACGUGCAAAUAAUCAUCAUGAAGAACGUCAAAGGCAGAAAGAACUGUGUAAAAAUGCUGAUUUUGUAGUCACAAUUGGUCCCAAAGUAGCUGAACCCUUAUUAAACGCCCUGCAGCCCUACGGAAAAGACUUGAACGUCGUUAGUAUUACCCCAGGAAUUUUCUCUGAAUUAAAUCCUGAUAAUAGAGUCAGUGAAAAUCAAGAUACAUUCAACGUGCUUAUUGUUACAGAAUAUCCUUAUUUAUCUAGUUAUUUUCGUGUUAAAGGAUGUGACAUUGCUGUGAAAGCCCUCCUAUUGUUGCAAGACAUUUCAUAUCACCUAAUGGUUAUUAUGAAGUCCUUCUAUGGUGUUUCGGAGCUCACACAAACUUUGCUUUCUGAAGGUAUACAACAGAAUCAGUUCACCGUGAAAACAACUAAUGGUGACGACCCUGUUCAAAUGGCCCAGUUUCUUAAUGAAGCCGAUCUGCUCCUUUUACCCUCAAGAGUAGAGGGUUUCGGAAUGAGUGGUAUAAACGCCAUCUCUGCAGGCCUUCCAGUCCUUAUAAGCGUAUAUUCUGGACUAGGCGUUGCACUGAGGAAGCUGCUCUCCGGUGGGAAGCAAGUGGUUGACUCUGAUGACCCUCAAGUAUGGGCACAAAAGAUAAAGGAGAUCAGGGCAAAGGGUCGUGAAAGCACCUCCUUUGAGGCACGACAACUUCGAGAGGAGUACAUGCAAAAAUAUAGUUGGGAGGACCAAUGCAACAAGCUAGUGGAGAAAAUGAUGAUGGGAAAUGGUAGGCAAUCAGUUUUUGUGCUAAAAUAUUUUUUGUUCCUUGGGUCAUUUCUUUUCUAUUACCCCAUUACAAAAAAAAUCUUAAUCAACGUUUUCCUUGAAGAGUUCAGCGACAAUAUAAGCUGUGCCUGUUCCAUAAACUACGAGUAGUAUAAAAUCUUACAAUAAAACUCAUUAUUAAUACUAUGCGACAGAGUUGAACUGUCAGUAGUAAUUUACUUUAAGUAACAGUAUUAUCUAACUAACAAGGUGUUCUGAUUCCUUUAGUUCCGGCAGAGAUUCUUGCUAGAGGUCCCCUUACUGUCAAAGCUUACAACAAGGCAAUUGAACAAGGUAUGACACGCGUAGUGAGAGUGCCCAUCAUGAUCAUUGGACAAGAAAGAUCAGGAAAGACCAGUUUAAAGAAGUCUUUAAAAGGACAAAUGUUCAAUAGCAAAGAAGAGAGCACUGAUGGGAUCGAGCUUGAUGCGUCAUACUUCAGCAUAACAACAGACAAAUGGCGCACAGGGGAAACGAAAGAAGAGCCAGAUUCCAAUUCCUCUAUUUCUGUUCAUAACAGAUUAGCACAAGUUAUGGUGGCUCAUUUAAGAGGAGACGAAGUUGAGCAAAUAACACCUGCACAAAGUGUGGUGAACACCAUUUCAACAGUCACUGUAGCGGAAAAGGGUUCAAAAAGUAAAGAGGCCAUUCAUGUCACAACGUUAGAGAAGGAGGGGAACGAGGCCCAAACGCAGACAGAAAAGACCGCAACAAAGAUCGGGAGUCUGCUACCUGGAGAUCGUGUGAAAAAAAUCGAGGUCAAAUCGUUUCAACAAGAAGUACCACACACAACGGCAGGACGUGUCGAAAGGCUGCUCAAAGAAUCUAAAACAACAAAAGAUGACCAGGUUUAAUCAAUCUUGUGGGAUUUUGGUGGACAGUCAGUAUACUAUGUUACUCACCCAAUAUUUCUCACUACAAAAGCAAUUUAUCUUUUGGCGUAUGAUCUCAGAAAAGACCCAACGGAGAUAGCCACUCCACUUUUAAAGGAAGGCGUGUUUGAUAGGAAAGAAGACCUUUACUGUACUAAAACGAAUGAAGAUUAUCUCCGCGUUUGGUUGUCCUCUGUCGGCUCUCUGGGAAGAUUGACUUAAGCCGUAAGGGCUCAGAGAAGCUAUCAAAAAGGUUACCUCCAGUUAUUUUAGUGUGCACACACGCAGAUCAAUGUGGAAAGGACGCGAAAGAUCGAGCGCGCAAAAUAUAUGGCACUCUUCGUUCUGAUACAAAGCCCUACGGUGAACACUUGUAUAAAAAGUACUUUUUUCUGGAUAACACGAGAUCAGGGACAACAGAUGAGUGCCCAGAAGUCCGACGUUUAAGAAACGAAUUACUUGCAGUUGUUACUGAGCUUCCACAACUGAGGCAGAAAAUUCCACUCAAAUGGUUACGUUUUGAAGAGGCCCUUAAUGACAAGAAGACGAAAGGCCAGCCAUUUAUUUCCCUUGAGGAGGCAAGAAGGGUAGCGCGUGAUAAAUGUGGAAUUGAUGAUGACCAACUUUUUUUUACCUUGCUAAAAUUUCUAUACGAUCAGAGAAUUUUUUUGCACUUUGAUGACACGCCAGAGUUGAUGGACAUGGUGAUAUCAGACCCGCAAUGGUUGAUUGAUCUGUUUCGGAAAGUAAUUACCGUCAAACCUUAUGAUCCUACGGCUGAUGAGCAUUACUUUGAAGAACUGUGGGCAAAACUUGAGACUGAUGGAAUCCUGGAUAAUAGACUACUCCAGAUCGUGUGGGGAUCCUUUCUCAAAAAAGAAAAGGCCCAAAACCUCAUUGCUCUCAUGGAAAAGUUUAGCCUGGUGUGCAGUUUGCCUUCGGUAGACAACCAGAAGCAAUUUCUUGUACCAUCCAUGCUGAUGUCCCAUCCAAAUCAAGUUUCCAUCAAGCUCCUCUCCGAAGCCUUUAUUCCCCCUCUUUUCAUACGAUUCAACCAACCACGUUCCCAGAGAUACCCAGGUGAUGAAGCUGACUGUAAAAAUCUUCAAGUGCCUCUUGGAUUGUUCCCAAGGCCUAUAGUAAAGUUCCUUCAGUGGAGCAUCAAGAAUGAGAUCAGCCCAUUGUACCAGGAUACGUAUCAGAACUUCGCCCGAUUUCCCAUCCUUCCCAAGGGCUACUCAGUCAUCCUACACUGUCUUUUAUCUUGUGUCGAAGUCGUAGUUCACAGAGAUCCAGGUAUUGCAAGCGACACGACCAUUGGCUACAAAGUACGACGCCAGCUUGAAUCAGUGCUUCUGACCAUACGUGAAGAAUGCUUUUGGUUGCGGGCUACGGAAUACGAAUUCAGUGUCACCUGUCCAGUUUGUUGCAAUCAACGUGCAGUCCUCCACUGUAGAAAACAUCAAAAAAGCAGUUGUGAGAAAGAGGAGUGUCUUCACUUCUGGUCAGAGUACGCUUUGAAAAAAAGCAAAUUUGCACGAGGAGCGCUUUUGCUAUAAGUACAGUGGUUCCAAUGAGGCCGUUUUCACAUUUUUUUUAAUUCGUUGGCAAACAGGUAACCCUAUAUGCAUAAUCGAUCAAUCGACAAAACAAAAUAUUUAACAAUUAUUCCUCGAGCUCGAAUGGGCUCUGAGUCAAUAGCCCAUGAGGCCGAAGGCCUCAUGCGCUAUUGACUCAGAGGCCAUGAGGGCGAGAAAAAUAAUUGUUUUAGUAAAAUCCAACUAGUUGGUCAAAAAUGUCGAGACAAAACAACUUUAGCUAGCAAAACGCAUUUCAGCCACCAUUGUUUUGGUUUUCAAAGCCUAUUCUUUUCGCUACUAGUGGGCUAUAACAUAUAGCCUAGUAGUAGCUAAACCAAUGAGAACGCAGCAUUGAUAAUAGACCACUAGCUGGAGUUUACUAAUAUGUAUUAGUCGAUACCUGUAUAGUGAAGCCCUUUCACCAGCAAAAAAGCUGAUAAAUCCAUCAAGCCUAAAAACGUCUUUCCGACCAUUUCGGUGGAAAAAAUGGUAAGUGAGGUAAGUGAAUUUGAAUUUAAAAACUCUGGGCAAAUUUUCUUACAAAUUUUCGAAUCUAUUCUCUUUUUAUUUCCGGGCUGUUGAUUAAAGAAGAAGAUUCCUUGUCUCCCAGAACAAUAUGACUCUUCGUUGAAUGUCCGAAGUAGGGGCGUUCUAGUCCUCUGAAUGGCUAGGGUACAUUUCUAUGUCACCGAUUUUAUGUUUCAAUAUUUGUCUAAAGGUCAUUCAAGCGCUUACUCAGUACUCUUCAAUCUCUUCCUUUUGCCUGCAGAUGGAGGAUGCUAAUGCGAAAUUUUUACUUGUUUUGGGAGGUAAAUAUCUCUUUUGUAGUCUUAAACGUAUGGUUUAACACUGUGCAAGGUUCAUGGCUGCUAACCUGCUCGUUAUUUUUUGUCAUAUCUGCAAUGCUUGUUAACUAUAGUACAUCUGAUACAUCAAAACCUUUUACGCAAUGAUACUACAGAUUCCCUUGUGAAGGAAAAGAUCUUAACAAACGUUCGUAUUAUGGAUGAGCUUGCUCGCAGAUUGGAUCAACCAAUCUACCGCGGGGAGCAAGAGCCGCCCAUUGUCCAGCACUGGAAGAAUCUCGCUGUAGAAUUCAGGGUGGCGGAAGACGUUGUAACAAGGUGCCAGACCAAUCCUCAGAGUAGUCCUAGUAAACACAUGUUUGAGUUCCUGGAAGCAGGCAACCCUAACUUCUCAGUUAAAGAGCUUAAAGAUGGGCUUAGCUUCAUCUCGAGAAAUGAUCUGGUCAAAAAAAUGAAGCAAUGUGGUCUAGCAGGUGAGUUUCUUAAAUUACUUAAUAGGUUUAAAAGUUUCUCUCAGCUCUAAUUCCACUGUAAUUUUAAAGCUGAUAAAUAAUACACUCUUUAUCAGGUGGGUUCAGUUAACGAUUAACAUCGUGGAGAGUGGAAAGGCUUGUUAUAAUUGCAAAGGUAAAGUCUCUAAAUUACGCUAUGAAACAAGCACAUUGGAAUAACAACAAAAAAUAACAUAAAUUUAGAGGCAGGGAAGUGACUAAAAUAUCAGUGUUAUAGACAAGAUUCCUUACAAAGCGCGAAGCCCAGACAUGAAAUGUUUUUCGUAAAUGAGAGUAGAACAAAAGGUUUAAAGCCAUCGCUAAGAAAAUGUUCAUUUUUAUUCAAUUCGGCUAAAUGUUUCUUAGGAGCAAGGAUUAGGAAAGAGUCGGUUGGUACUCGGCCUUCUGUGUGGGAGCUCCCGAUUUCCAUUCCUAUGUGUGUUCUCAAAUCCUUGUUUCGACUUCUUUCCUUACCUUGUACCUUCAAGUAGCUUUAUAUAACUGUAAAACGGAGCACUAUUGAAGAGAAAGGGGGUAAAAUGACCGCACCGUCUACUUCAGGUUUGUUGGUUAAAGUACUGUUAAAAGUUACCGAUGUAAAAUAAGGAGCUGUAGCGUUACCUUUAUGUCACGACAGACAUGGCAACAAAAACAACUGUAAGAGGAAAUAUACAGAUGUUCUAAAGCUCAGUAAGACCAGGCUACGUUUAAAUGUCUUUGUUAAAUUUCUAAAAAGUAGCAAAUGUCUUGUCCUUACAGAAACUGCGUCAUUGCGGGUCCUCCGUCAAAAACAUCAUUCCACUUUUGAGACCAUUUGUUUACAGUUGGACUACUGCAAUAACUGGAAAGCUUUAGGGCUGAACAUCAAGAUUCCAGAUCAAACACUGCAGCAAAUCGCCACUUCCACCAGCUGUGCGAAGGCAGUCCUUGAGAUCAUCGAAAACAGAAAGCCCCAUGUGACUGUGAAGGAAAUGCGAGAUGCCUUGAAGGAAAUGCUGAGAGAAGAUGUGUGCAAUGUGCUGGACAAAUAUCUGCCAG